AUGGCCUAUAGCUCAUAUGCUUGGCUGCUGCCAAUGGAGCUGGAGGGCUUGCUGGAAGAGUACAAGAUUGAUGGCUGCGUCUUUCCCGUGCAGGGUCUCUUCUCCGCCGAGCACCUGGAUGAAAUCGACGCCUUGCUGUCGAAGUUGGUGGCGGACCGACCCCAGGUGGACAAAGGCGACGAGCAGAACCUGGCCCCGGAGGAUUUGCUGAACUUGCAUCUCAUCUGCAAGGAGGUGUUGGACCUCUGCCGUGAGCCGAAGGUGCUGCAAGUGGCCGCGCGGAUCCUGGGAACCGAGGACCUCAGUGUUUUUACCUCAAGGAUCCUCUGCAAGGAGCCCAAAACGGGCAAAGAGAUCGUGUGGCAUCAGGACUCGAACUACUGGCCCCUGACGGCACCGGACAACCCCAAGCCCACGGGCGACCUGACAGUGGAGGAUGUGGCGCCGCAGGUUACGUCGCUGUGGUUGGCCCUGGACCCGGUGACCCAAAGAAACGGCGCCAUGGAGGUUUUGCCCUUCUCGGCGCAACCUGAGAGCUGCCAGACGUUGCCGAAGGAAUUUGUGGUGGACUCGGGGGGAUCCACGGAUGGUUUUGAUAACUUCAACCUCUCCUUAGAUGAGACCAAGCUGAAUGUCAGCAAGCGCCGGAGGGUCUCCAUCCAGCGUGGCGAGGCGGAGUUCCAUUCCGCCUACACCAUCCAUCGCUCGGAUGCCAACCGCAGCGACGUCCGCCGCAUGGCGUGGAUUGUCCGCUACUGCGCCACAGGCACCAGGGUGGUCCCCGGGGUCCGUGGGUCCUUCGACGGCGGCUACCAGCUGGUGCCUCUUGCAGCCAAAGCAAAGCUGCGACUGUGCUCAGUCUCCGACAAGGGGGAAGAUGGCCGUGUGCUGCGCAGCAUCUAUGCGCCGUGCUUUGGCAAUGCUGUGAAGGAGUUGAAGAAGUGAGACGGCCAGGGGCAUCUGCGCGGAAAAGUGAUGCAGAUUGCCCAAGACUUGUAUG